AGCAAAAACCACUCCGCCUUUUCCCAGCGAGGUCAGGGCCCUGUCCGCGCGAUCCUGGAUUCAGAGAGUGCGGGACUCUCGGCGGGCCAGGGCAAUCCCUGGCGGGCACCAUGUCCCGGAACCUGCGGACCACGCUCAUUUUUGGCGGCUUCAUCUCCCUGAUCGGCGCCGCCUUCUACCCCAUCUACUUCCGGCCCCUAAUGCGGCCGGAGGAGUACCAGAAGGAACAAGCAGUAAAUCGAGCUGGUAUUGUUCAAGAAGAUGUGCAGCCACCAGGGUUAAAAGUGUGGUCUGAUCCAUUUGGCAGGAAAUGAGAAGGCUGCCACCAAUUCUGAUUAUGAAAGUAGACAUCUUCAUGCUCCUAACUGCAGCCAGUCCAAUAAAUCACCUCUAUAGAAUGAUGGCUGGAGAAGAAAACUCUAAUGCCACAAAUAAGAGUACUGUGCACGAGGAUUAAUAUUUCUUUUCUUAAGGAUCAAAAGUACCCUGAAUGGAUUACACUGUUAGGAAGGUUAUCGUGAUUUGGUAUGCUUUCUGAAAAUGAAACUGUCUCACUCAGAUGUGUUUGGAGAAGACUUACUCAUUAUUCAGUCUCUACUGCUUACCUAACCGUGCUGUGAGAUGAAUGUAGAGACUUGGGAAGAUCCUGGUUUAUUUUGCCACCUUCCAUAUGGGAAACUGCAGUGAAAAAGCACCUUGCGGAGCAGCUUCAUAGGGCUCUUUGAAAAUGUUAAAGUUGACAAAACUUUUUACAAAUAAUCAAUUUAGCUGAGCUAUCUUGUCAGAGGUUGCUGUGUGUUGGAAAAUAAAUAAAUAUGAAGCAAGUCAAACUAAAUGGGAAUGUGUGCAUAGAUGAAAUCGUGUUGGAUUAACAAGUGAAAAUGUGUAUAUUAAAAUGAUUUAUUUUCACAACGG